UCCUCCUCUCCUCUGCGCCUCAAAAGCGCGAUCCAUGGUCCGAAAGCCUCCCUUGUCUCCGUUUUUCUUCAGGAUGGCAUUCUUCAAAUAUCUUCGCUCCGUUAAGAGUGAUCUUAUCCUCUUGUUAACUCCGUUUCUUGUUCUUCCGCUGCCACUAGUGAUCGGGACUUCGGAGGCAGAAUGUGCCUAUGUGAUCAUCCUGAUGGCAGUUUACUGGUGCACAGAGGUCCUUCCAUUAGCUGUGACAGCCCUCCUCCCAGCCCUCCUUUUCCCCUUGUUUGGCAUUAUGGAGUCCAAAGACGUGUGUAUGCAGUACCUGAAGGACACAAACCUGUUGUUUGUCGGGGGACUGAUGGUUGCAGUAGCCGUGGAGCACUGGAAUCUGCACAAGCGCAUUGCCUUGAGGGUGCUGCUCUUUGUUGGUGUACGUCCAGCGCUAUUGAUGUUGGGUUUCAUGGGUGUGACAGCUUUCUUGUCCAUGUGGAUCAGCAACACUGCAACCACUGCCAUGAUGGUGCCUAUUGUCCAAGCAGUGCUGGAGCAGCUCAACAACAGUGAAGCAGAGAUACCUCAGAUCCUCAGCUCAAACGAGCAGGUCCAGACGUCAGACGCUGACAGCAAACAGCCUCCACAGACCGGAAAGCAGAGCGAGGGACAAGGCUCAGUGGUGGUGACUUUCUUGGAUGCUACAGCGGAGGCUGCGAGGCAUAAAGAGGCAGCAGAAAAGAGGAGAAUGUGCAAAGGGAUGACCCUGUGUGUCUGUUAUGCUGCCAGCAUUGGAGGCACCGCCACGCUGACAGGAACUGGUCCCAAUCUGGUCCUCAAGGGACAGAUGAACCAGCUCUUUCCUCAAAACGGAGAUGUGCUUAAUUUUGCCUCCUGGUUCGGCUUUGCCUUCCCCAACAUGAUUCUCAUGCUCACACUGGCCUGGCUUUGGCUGCAGUUUGUCUUCAUGGGAUUCAACUUUAAGAAGACAUGGGGCUGUGGGGCUGUGAAGACAGAGAAGGACAUUGCUGCCUAUAAUGUGAUCUGCGAGCAGCAUCGUCUGUUGGGGCCCAUGUCCUUUGGAGAGAUAAGUGUCCUGAGUCUCUUCAUUCUGCUGGUGGUGAUGUGGUUCACAAGAGACCCGGGCUUUGUUGAGGGCUGGGCGACCGAUAUCUUCAACUCCAGAGCAGAGUAUGUGACUGAUGCCACAGUGGCAAUCUUCAUUGCCAUUCUUCUCUUUGUUCUGCCCUCUAAACCCCCACGUUUCUGUUCAAGAAGGACUCACAGUUUUGAAAUCGCACCCCAUCAAGCUACUGGUCCAACUCCACGUCUGCUCACUUGGAAAAUUGUCCAGAAGAAGUUACCAUGGGGCAUCGUGCUUCUUCUCGGAGGAGGAUUUGCUUUGGCCAAGGGCAGUGAAGAUUCAGGACUGUCAAAGUGGAUGGGAGAUCAAAUGGCUCCCCUGCAAAACAUCCCUCCCUGGGCAAUAGCUAUCAUCUUAUGCCUGCUGAUUGCCACCUUUACAGAGUGCACCAGCAAUGUGGCCACUGCAACGCUCUUCCUACCUGUCUUAGCUUCAAUGUCUCAGUCCAUUGGAAUCAAUCCACUGUACGUCAUGGUGCCUUGUACCCUAAGUGCCUCUUUUGCCUUCAUGCUGCCUGUUGCUACGCCUCCAAACGCUAUAGUCUUCUCUUAUGGAUACCUCAAGGUUGCUGACAUGGCCAGGACAGGAAUAGUCAUGAACAUUAUUGGAAUCCUUUGCAUUACACUGGCUAUCAACAGCUGGGGCAAAGCCAUGUUUGAACUGGACUCCUUCCCUGCGUGGGCCAAUGCCACCGGAGUGUGAGCCUGGUUCUGCCACAGGAGAAGAUCCACGCACAUCCUGUCCUCCCUAUUCACAGGUGCCAGACAAAGACCUCUGGUCAGAGCAACAGCACGGGACACGGUGGAACGCACGCAUCUGAGUGCUGCUAGAAUACAAGCCCAUCGAGGCUUACUGAUACCUGACACUGGCUUGUGGAAGAAAGUGGUGACAAAUAUGAUUAGGAAUGAAAGAAGACUGAAAAAUGAAUUUUUUUUUUUUUUACUGUAUUUACACUGUAUCAUAAUGACAUUAUACUUUGAUUUAUUUCUAUCCUCAAGAAAGACCUUUUAAUGCUCAAAGCAGCCAAUUCCAGAAACAUCAUUAAACUCCACUCUUUUUUGUCACAGAAAAACUUAGGAAGGGCUAUUCAUGAUGUCAAAGUUUUUAGAAAUGUUUUAUGUAGUUACAUGUAGCCAUGUCUUUCUGGCAAUAAGCCAUAUUGUAUAAAAGCUUAACUUAACAUUUAACAACAUUUACUCAAGUAAUGCACUUAAGCACAAUUUUUGAGGUACUUGUACUUUACAUAGAGAUUUACAUUUUUUUUCACUUCUACAUUUUUGUCCUUCACAACAUUUCUGAAGGAAAUAUCGUCCUUUCGACUCUGCGACAUAUAUUUAACAGCUGUAGUUUCUUACUUUUCAUAUUAAGAUAACAUACAAGAUAACGUGAUUAUGGACUGAACUACACUAAUGCAUUUAAAUUAUCCCACCUAUAGAAGCCCUGAGAGGCAAAUGAGGCGAAGAAUGAUCAUUUUACAUCUGUGAAAGUUUUGGCAGGUUUUUCUUUCAAGUAUGAAAGUUUUUGCAAGAAAAAAAUUGCUGGGAUCAAGUGUUUGUUUCAGUAAUACUCAAGUCAGCCAAGAGGCUUAUGUGCACCAACACCCCAUGUUCCAACAGGACUAAAAGCUCUUGUGUUUUCUUCCAUUUGAGUUUUAAUUUUUCCAUGCACUCUUAACAUAAGGUGGGCUGCAAAUAUUAUGCCUGAUUGAAAAUUCUUUUUUCUCUUACUUGUCUCUCAGGGCUUCCGUACAUCAUACACAGAUACAACAUUAAGACAAUGUAAAAUAGUAAUCCAGUAACAUCACAUAACACUGGAAAGGGCAUUUCAGUCUACUGAAAACUUUCACUACUGAUACAUUUUUGUGUCAAAAUCUCUACUUGUGAUCUGCCAUUUUUUACAUCACACUGUUGCUUCAUCUAUACACUGCGUUGAUUUGUACAUCAGGGUGUAUGGCAGUUUGUUGCAGUUCCAGCAUCAGCUGAACUUUGAAAUGUAGCAUCACUGCAAAACAACAAACCUAUGUGCCUUCUACAAACUUGUACUGUCUUAAUAACACAUUUUCAAUAUUUUUGAUCAAUACAGUAUGUGCUAACAAUGUGAAAUGUCUCACUGCAAUGAUGACUUCUGGCUGAACUGUAAUAAAGUGGUGUUUAAGAACCAAU